CGUACGCACACACACACAUUGUUUCCCUCAGGAGGUUCUAUGGAAUGUCCUUCCAAGAGUUUGACUCCCUAACAAGAAACAACAAGCGUCAAAGGCAAUUCAAGACUCUUCUGUUUGCUGCUCUUCACUCGCCAUGAAGAACACUACACAACUUGUUUUGGCAGUCUUGCCAUGGCUGCUAUCCCUGCUCACUCCCGAGGGGUUUUGUGACCAGAGAGUUCAUUGCCAGUGGGGGCCUUAUGGCGAUUGGUCAGCGUGUGAUGGCUGCACCAAAUUACAGACAAGAAGCCGAGCCAUGGCUGUCUACUCUCAGUUUGGAGGGAACCCCUGCGAUGGAAAGCGGUCAGAGACCAGGUCCUGUGAAACCACACAAGGCUGCCCUCUAGAGGAUGGAUGUGGAGACAGGUUUCGCUGUCGAUCGGGCAAGUGUGUCAGCCAAACUCUGGUGUGUAACGGAGAUCAGGACUGUGAGGAAGAUGGACUCGAUGAAAGUGUCUGUGGCACUGAAAAAUACAUCAUAUGUACAGAAACAGCUUUACCACCCAACAUUGAUCUGCUAGGACUCGGGUUUGAUGUGGUGUCAGAGAAGUGGAGGGCCAGUGUCAUCAACACAAAGAGCUUUGGGGGCCAGUGUCGCACUGUCUUCAGCGGUGUCCACAACACUCUCUACAGACUGCCCCUUAGUACUCUCCAGUACAGCUUUAUGGUUAAAGCUCAGAAUGACUUCAGUGACGAGAUGUACACCAGUAGUUGGCACUAUGCAAAGGAUACUGUCAACAGACAGACGGUGUCCGGGACCACGACAGGAUAUCGAAACUAUGACCAUCAUGAGGCAACUGACAGGAGUCAGACAAAGAAGCUUCUGGUUUUAAAGAAUGACAUAGAAGUAGCGCAGUUCCAGAGCAACUCUCCUCAGUACCUUCCAAUAUCUGAGGAGUUGUGGAAGGCACUGGUCAAACUCCCCUCAGUCUACGACUACGCUGCCUACAGGAAGGUUUUGGAGAGGUUUGGAACACACUACUUGUCUGAGGGAACUCUUGGAGGCUCCUUGAAAAUCGUCGGCAGGGUUGAUAUAGAAACUGAAAAAUAUAUGUCUCUCGAAAGCUCGCAGUAUAAUGAAUGUGAAAGGACUAAACGCUGGGUUUUUAUUUUCCCCAUCACCCAUGUGGACUGCAGGAGUGGUCAACAUAGAAAAACACUUUCCAGGGGUUAUACCAGGAUAAAUGAGAACAGAGUGGUUGUGGACGUGCAGGGAGGAGGCAUCGAACAUAUAGCACCACUGGAGAACAUGCAGGUCGCCGAUCCAGACAAGAACUGGGAAAUGUACUCAAACUGGGCAGAGUCUGUUCGAUCAUUUCCAAAGGUCAUAAAACAAAAGCUGAGGCCACUGUCAGAGCUGGUGAAGGAGGUUCAGUGUGCCGGAGUGAAGAAGCUCUACCUUCGCAGGGCCAUAGAACAGUACCUUUCUGAGAGCGACCCCUGCCACUGCCAGCCAUGCAGAAACAAUGGUAUUGUUCUCAUGGAUGGAAGUGAAUGCAAAUGCAUCUGUAAGCCUGGCACAUCAGGACUGGCCUGUGAGCAGGGAACCGAAGCGGAGGGUCAGCCCGGAGUGAUCCACGGCAGUUGGGCCUGCUGGUCAGCCUGGUCAUCCUGCUCUGGGGGUCGAAGAUCAAGAAGUCGUUCCUGCUCCAAUCCCACACCUCAGAACGGAGGACAACACUGUAUCGGAGAACCCACUGAGACAACUGACUGUGAAGACCAUGACCUGAAAUAUUUAAAAACCAUGGAGCCUCAGUGUUUUGACCAAACUCUGCCAGCAAGUCAGAAGUGUAGAACCCCGCCUGCUUUAAUCAAUGGCUAUGUCCUGGACCCAAAAGACAUUUACCUCGUGGGUAGUAGGGUUGAGUACAGCUGCACUGAAGGUUACCAUCUUACUGGUCACAGCUCCAUAGAAUGCACUGCUGGCCAAACCUGGUCUGGCCGCCCUGGACUGUGCACAGUCUCAAGGUGCCAGAUUAACUCCUUCGCUGAGGAUGUCAUAGCCUCUCCUUUAAAGGUGGCCUAUGACAUAGGGGAGACAAUCACCUUGUCCUGUCCAGCGGGUAGACACCUACUAGGAGAAGCAACGAUCAUGUGUGACCCCAGUCUACAAUUUUCACCAGACCCAGCGGACAUCAAAUGCGGCCCAGUCACCACGCAACAGGAACCCACCUCUAUUUCGGUGCAGUGUAAACCGUGGGAGAAGUCUUCCAGAGGAAAAUGUGUUUGCAAAAUGCCUUUUGAGUGCAGUUCAUCUUUGGAGAUGUGCGCCACUAGUCCUGGGAGUAAAAAAUCACUCCUUCUGAAUGUGUGCAAAAUGCACGCACUGCAGUGUAUGGGGAAGAACCACGUGAUAGCAGAAGACAGCACCUGCAGGUGGCCAGAGCGCGACACAACAGGCUGCACCAGUUGUCACAUGUGGGAGACCUGUGACGAUCAAACCAACACGUGUCUCUGUAAGGAUUCUGCAGAUUGCUUGACCCCAGGAUUAAAUGUGUGUGUCCGCGUUGGGGUGAAUGCGACUGCAGACAUUCAGACCAUGAGCGAGUGUGAAGCCGGGCUACAGAGAUGUAAAGGAGAAAAGGUGUCAGUUGUCAGUAUCCUGCCUUGCGUUUCCUGAGGAUGCUGGAAGAGAUUUUGACCUUAUGACCUUCUGUCUCCCCCUUCUGUCUUUACACUAAUCUUCUGUAACAAUUUCCUCCAUAUUUUUCCAGUGAAUUAGUAUUAAGUGUCACUGCUUCAACACAUUUUAAAACUACAAUGUUAUGCAUGUUAAAAAUAUAAUGUAAAACUGUAUUAGGACAGUAAAUAGCAAAACACCAGC